CCGCUGGCCUUUCCGGCAGGGACCGGCCGGGCAGCUGAUUCGGCAGGAGGCCAGGGGACAAGAGGAGCCCGGGGGCUGCCCCGGGGCGGUGGCCGUGCCCCCGUGUGCCUGUGGCACUGGCUACAGCGCUGGAGCCAGCGAGCGAGUGACCCCACAGGACAGCUGUACGUCAUGGUGGACUACUACGAAGCGCUGGGGGUGAGCCGCAAUGCCACUGCCGAAGACAUCAAAAAGGCGUACAGGAAGGCAGCGCUGAAAUGGCACCCGGAUAAAAACCCAGACAACAAGGAGUAUGCUGAGCAGAAGUUCAAGGAGAUUGCUGAGGCGUAUGAAGUGUUGUCAGACAAGCAGAAGCGCGAUGUCUAUGACCGUUAUGGCAAGGAUGGACUCAUGGGAGCAGGACCAGCGGGCUCCAGGACCGAUGCUGGAGCCCCCGAAUUCACUUUCACCUUCCGCAGCGCUCAUGACGUCUUCCGAGAGUUCUUUGGCGGGCGAGACCCCUUCGCUGACUUCUUUGAUGAGAUGCUGCCCUUCUCCGAGCUGCGAGGACCUGGCUCCCGGCACCAUGGAGGUGGCCACUUCUUUUCUCCCUUCCCAGGAUCCUCAGAUUUCUUCGCCUCGUCCUUCAGCUCUGGCGCUGAUGCAGGGCUGGGCUUCCGCUCCGUCUCCACCUCCACCACCUUUGUUAAUGGCAGGCGCAUCACCACCAAGCGGAUUAUUGAGAAUGGGCGAGAGCGGGUGGAAGUGGAGGAGGAUGGGAAGCUGAAGUCAAUCCACAUCGAUGGUGUCCCUGACGACAUGGCACUGGGGCUGGAGCUGAGCCGGCGGGAGCAGCAGGCCUUCCCCAGCCCACGGCCCCCUUCUCCCCCACCGCCUGCCCCACAGCAGCCACGGAGCUCCUCGCCCGUCUGCCUCUACACAGACAGUGAGGAUGAGGAUGAGGACUUGCAGCUGGCCAUGGCCUACAGCCUCUCCGAGAUGGAGGCCGCAGGGCACCACCAAGCAGGUGUGUUCUGAGGCUGCUGCGCCCAGGGACUGCGCACACCCACUCACCCACGGAGGCUGUCCCAACCAGGACUCUGCUUUGUCCCUGCACGGCCACUCCCUGCCACCCCCUUCCCCCAGCACCCUCUGGCUCCAUGGGAUAGGGGGUGGGCACAACUGGGGUUAUGGCUGAGCAAUACUGGGGGGCUGCGGGCGGUAUCCAGAGGGAGAUGCCCUGGGCACCAUCAGGUGGUGGGGAGGGUGGUGACAAGGGCUGGAUGGGAGGGGAUGGCUGUAGAUUAGGCUGCUGGGGAAUGUUGCUGGCAGGCAGUGAGGGGCAGCAAGGUUGGGCUCAAACAGGGAGGCCGGGCUCUGCCACCCCCUUGCUGCAGCCCACCCCCUUCCAAACCCCCUUCUGCUGACAGCCCUCAAUAAACCUGUUUGCAGUA